CAAUUCAUUAAUUAGCCCGUGUGUAGGAGCUUUGUUUGAACCCGUUGCAAUUUAUAGUGCAAUUUGUUUAGUGUUGUUAUUUUCUUUAGCUCAAGCCACUAUCGGUUAUUGUAUUCAGUUCAGAUCACUGUUGCCUCAAAACGGGAAACGAAAUGUCUGCGGCGGCGAUGGAAAAACACUUGUUUAAUCUAAAAUUUGCAGUAAAAGAACUCGAACGGAAUGCGAAAAAAUGUGAGAAGGAAGAAAAGGCCGAAAUUCUCAAAACAAAGAAGGCGAUACAGAAAGGCAACACGGAGGUGGCUCGAAUUCAUGCAGAAAAUGCCAUCCGGCAGAAAAGCCAGUCUCUAAAUUAUCUUCGAAUGAGUGCACGAGUCGAUGCCGUUGCCAGCCGUGUGCAGACUGCGUUGACUACGCGGAACGUCACCAACUCAAUGGCCGGCGUCGUGAAGGCGAUGGAUGCCGCAAUGAAGGGCAUGAACCUGGAAAAGAUCUCUGGGUUGAUGGAUAAAUUUGAGUCUCAAUUCGAGGAUCUGGAUGUGCAGAGCUCAUACAUGGAGAACACAAUGUCGCAGACGACGACCACGGCCGUACCGCAGAACGACGUUGAAUCGCUCAUGCAAAGAGUCGCAGAUGAGGCCGGCCUGGAACUGAACAUGGAACUUCCGACGGGACCAUCAUCCAUCGCAAUCGGAGCAUCGACGCAGGCUUCUACCGAACAGGACGAACUAACGGCACGCCUAGCGCGUCUUCGACAGGCUGAAUAGAUAGUUUUCAUGGCCGGUUUCAUGGAUUGUUGUUCAUGCGGGCUCGCGGAAGGAACCGUUUCUACUUCUACCCAAUCGAAAGCCUGUUAUAACUAUGAAAAACCAUGCUUCGAUUAAUUCUCAUAAUCGUUAAAAUAAUAAAAAGGGUAUGC